AUUACAUUUACUUGAAGCGUUGACCUAGCUCUUACAAACAAGCUCACUGUUAGGGGUGACUGUUAGCUUAUCAGAUAUUGCACUCCAGGGUAGGGCCGCUAGAUGUGAGUAAAGUCACCGGCCGGAUUAACAACAGCAGCAGUAACAGCAGUAGAAGCAAUAGAUAUAAAGAAGGAUCAACAGUAGAGGUUACAAUAGUAUCCCGAGAAUGCAUUCACACUGGAGAGACUGUCAGGCGUGGAGACGGGAAGGACUGCCUCUUUCUACCACCAGCAACGACGCCUGCAAGAUGUACGACGCUGUCCUCACACAGUAUGUCGGUUGGUAUGAAGACCCCUCCGUUGGUGGCAUUCAGAAAGCAAUAGAGAACAUGGCAACAGCAGACCCUAAUUUCGUUAUGGCACACGUGAUGGCUAAUGGGCUGACUCUGUUAGCCGGAAAUAAGUCGAUAGCACAUGACCCGGUGAUGCAGGCCGCCGUGGCCAAGAUGGCGCAAUUGGCGGCAAAGAAUAACAUUACGGAUCGAGAGCGGAACCACGUGUCUGCCGUAAAACUAUGGGCAGAGGGGGACACUCCGGGAGCGUGUAAGAUUUGGGAAGACAUCCUGUUGGAUCAUCCGACCGAUUUACUGGCCCUGAAAAUGGCCGCUGACACCUACUUUUUUAAUGGAAUGAAACCGGAAAUGAGAGACAGCGUAAGCCGCGUGCUGCCGUCUUGGAAACCUUCCAUACCACUCUAUGGAUAUUUGACAGGUAUGCAUGCUUUUACGUUGGAAGAAACGUAUUUAUACGACGAGGCCGUGAAGACGGCUAACAAGGCCUUGAACAUCAAUCCAAAAGACGGCUUUGCAACUCACGCGAUAUCUCACGUGUACGAGAUGAGAGGGGAGCACAACAAGGGCAUCGAUCUCAUGUCUUCUAAUGAACGCGACUGGGUGACUUGCAGAGCGAUAGCUGGUCACUGCUACUGGCAUUGGGCUGUGUACCACGUAGAAAAGGGUGAAUACGAGAAAGCUCUCGACAUAUUUGACGCCGAGCUGGGAAAGCGUUGCAAUGACGGCAACAUGUUGGAUCUUACCGAUGCCUGCUCUAUGCUGUACAGACUAGAGAUGGAAGGAGUAAAUGUUGGAGAAAGAUGGAACGAGAUUCUUGAGACGUGUCAGAGUCACGUGGGUGAUCACGUGCAGUGCUUCACUGACGCCCACAUUCUCAUGGCGCUUCUUGGGGCUAAGGAGAAAGAAAUAGCAAAACAAAUGAUGGAUUCGAUAAAGUCAUUUGCAGUUAAGGGGCGUGGCCACAACCAUGAGGUUGCAGCGGAAGUUGGCGUGCCUCUUUGUGAAGCCUUCGAAGCAUACGAUAAUGGUGACUUUGGUAAAGCAGUUGACUUGCUGUAUCCUAUUCGUUAUAAAGUCAUAAAAAUAGGCGGAAGUCACGCACAGAGAGAUGUCUUCAACCUGUUUCUCAUCCAAGCUGCGCUGAAAUCACAGGAGAAAAAACACCACAAGAUAGCAAGGAUUUUAUUGAAUGAAAGGAAGGCACUGAAGGAGAACUCGCCCAUGACUGACCGACUGAUCCAGAAAGCACUGGCACUGCAUGCUGAUUGAAGACAGCAAUUUUGGGAAAUAAAAAUCAAAAUAAAGGAUCGUGUUUGAUACGAAAAGGUAUAACAUGGCUAAAAUGUAGCAUAAAAUAUGAUUUCUGUAUAUCUGAAUGAAUGAUUAAUUUAGUUUUUUAAAUAAAUUAUGUAUUCAUAAUUGACUUACUGGUACUGAUAUAGAACAAAUUCAACUUUAGUCGUGGGGACGCUUUUUCUGUUAAUAUAACGAUGCAGUGUGUUAUAGACAUAAAUUUAAAGCGUGUUAUAUAAUUUGUAUGAUACAGAGAUGAUUCAUUGCUCGGUGUUGUCUCCCUUCGCUCACUGUCUGAUAGUCCUUGCGACAACUUGGAGGCCUGUAGAUGCUGAAGCUAAUUAAAGGCGUCCUUUUAAGCCUAAAGGUUAAGUUUUGGAGAUCACAUCGCAUAAAUCUGAGGGGAACACGUUCAAAAGUAAGUCGCUACUUGGGUACAGGUCCUUUUACUAUAAGCAGAGAAUAAAACUGUCUGUAUAAAAGCCCUCUGUGAUGACGACCUGAGACAAGCAAUGCAUACGAGAAAGCAUUUCCAGAGCACAGUUUAAGCACACCCGAGUCUCAUCCAAGGCAAUGGCGAUCAUGAACUCCCUU